ACAGAGGUUCUUGGCGUUCCAGAAUUCAGAAAACCUUUCUGUGGCACUAUACAGAGCAGGACAAGAUAUUCUGCAUCCAUUUCAUGAACCCCAACUCUCAGGUUUCCCUUCUUACUUUCAGAAUCAUCAUCUCGUAUGUGGCUUCUUCUCCAUUACUUUUCUUGAUGAUCUUUAAUAUUGCAAUUGUUCCUAAAUUUGUGUUGGUUCUUUUUUGAAGUUAGAUUUCUGGAGAAAUUAAGUGAGAAAUUAAGUCACAGUAAUCAAGAAUCUUGAGAAGUUGAUCCAAAAUUUGAAUCUGUUAAAAGGGUGUUGCACUUUACAUCACUUUUCUUCUAUAAUUCGUUUUGAGUUUUGAAGUUUCUUGCUUGCUUUUCCCUUAGCAAGUCUAAGUUUCGAUGCUCUGUUUUCCCCAUUGGGUUUUGAUGAACUUAGAUUUGUGAAGAAAUCGAUUCAGAGGAACCAAAAAUAUCGAGAAUUUGAUCCAAAUCCUGAAUCUGUUAAAAGGGUGGGUUUUGCAAAGUUCAUGCAAAGAUGAACGAUUUGAUGACAAAAUCGUUCUUAAAUUAUGUAGAACUAAAGAAACAGGCCAUUAAAGACAUGGAAUCUGAUCCCGACAUCGAGAAAGGUGGCCGACUCACUCCCAUGGACGAGCAGAACCUUUCUCAGUUCUUCCAAGAAGUCGCUGCAAUCGAGGUUGAAAUCGAAGAGAUUACCAAUCUCUUGUUGGACCUUCAGUACCUUAAUGAAGAAACCAAAUCCACCCGUAGCACCAAAGUUCUUCGUGGACUAAGAGACCGUAUGGAAUCUGACAUCGUCUCUGUUCUUCGCAAAGCGAAAUCCGUCAAGGGAAGGCUCGAAUCUCUCGAUCGCUCCAACAUGACCAAUCGGAGGAAGUCGGAGUCGUAUAAAGAAGGAACUUGCGUUGAUCGAACAAGGAUAUCGAUCACGAACGGUUUGAGAGCUAAGCUCAGGGAGAUCAUGAACGAUUUUCAGUCCUUGAGGGAGAAGAUUCUGUCAGAAUCCAAAGAAGAACUUAAGAGAAAGUACUAUAUUGCCACUGGCGAGGAACCCACAGAGGAGGUGGUCGAGAAGAUCAUUUCCGGUUGCGAAAAGGUUCAGUUUUGUUACGGGAAAGCAGGGGAUGACGUGAAGCAUGACGGAGUCAUGGAUAUUCAGAGGAGUUUGAACAGGCUGCAUCAGGUGUUUCUGGACAUGGCAGUUCUGGUCGAGACACAAGGGGAAAAGAUAGAUGAUAUUGAAGAGAAUGUAGCUAGCGCCGGUGAGUUUAUCAAUGGCGGCACCGACAGCCUUUACUAUGCAAAGCAGAUGAAGAAGAAGAGGAAGACAUGGGUGUACUGGGUUUGGGCUGUGGGGUUCAUCGUACUGCUGGUUUGCAUCAUUUCAAUGCUAAGUUCUUGAGAAGAGACAAGUUCAAAUGAUCUUCAUUAGGGUUUCUAAGCCUGUAAAUUUUGCCUGAUUCAGAUUUUUUAGCUAGCUAGGGUUUUAUCCAUGUCACUAAAAUGCAAUCAAUGGCAGUUUUUGUGCUCUGUUAUCUUAUAUUAACGUUCAUGAAAAUUUGACAGGCUCUUGCUUUGUUUUGUACGGCAUCUUGAGUUGCCUCUGUUUCUUUGAUCUCUCCUCUGAAUAAACAGUUUAGAUUAACUCAUUGUACCUUAUUUCCCUUGUUUCUCAAUCGGUUUAUGCACAAGCAAAGAGGCAGGAAUCAAGCCAAACAAUGUUACUUUCUUUCACUGCAAUCCUCAGGUGGUCAGUACAGUCAUGGCAAGCAUUUUCCAAGGUGCAAUCAUUCAGCCAGGU